AUGUCUACAACCAGCAAACAACCAACAUUCACAACAACCCUCAUCCCACCCCCGGGUCCCUCCUCAAACCCACCACUCACCGUCCACCCACCAACAACCACCCUCGCAACCCCCACGGACCCCCUAACCACGGCCCUCCUGAUCCGCCGGGACGUCUUCGUCCAUGAACAGAACUGCACGCCGGACGGUGAAAUCGACUCGGACGAUCCGCGCAGCUGGCAAUGGGUAGUCUACGCACAGCACCAAGACACUGAAACCACCACCCCCACGCCCGUGGCCGUUAUCCGUCUUGUCCCACCACCCCACGCACCGCACGAGAUCCUCACGCACCCUGAAACAGCGUCAAGUCUCCCUAAAUGGGAUCUGAGAAGCGAGCCGUAUGUGAAACUGACUAGGGUGGCGGUGGUUAAGGAGUGGAGGGGGUACGGACUGGGACGGGUGCUGGUGGAUGAGGCGCUGAAGUGGGCGGCGCAGAACCCCGGGGAGAUUCAACGGGCGUUUAGGGAUGUUGCUGGGGUCGAGGGGGAGUGGAAGGGGUUGGUGUUGGUGCAUGCGCAGGUGCAGGUGGAGGGGAUGUAUAAGAGGUUGGGGUUUGAGACGGAUGAGGCGUUGGGGAGGUGGGAUGAGGAGGGGAUUGAGCAUGUGGGGAUGUGGAGGAGAGUGUCUGUUGGGUCUUCUUAG